AUGUCCGCUGAUCUGGGUCUGGAGCGGCCCUGCUCUCCACAGGUGGUGGAGGAUGGAGCAGAGGAGGAUGAAGAGGAGCUGAGUGGAGGAGAGGAGGCAGAUCUGCGCUCCAGUGCAGGCCGUGGCUCCCUGCUCACACGCAGGGGCAUCACCCUCCGAGUCCUGCUCAAAGACGGCCUGGUGGAGCCUGGAGAUGGGGUCCUGACCAUCCACUACCUGGGAAAGAACUUCUCGGGCGACCUCCUGACCGAUGGGAAAAUCCGCUGGGUGGAGACGGGACAGACUUUUAACUCUCCGAGUGCUUGGGCCACGCAUUGUAAACGACUCGUAAAUCCAGCCAAGAAGUCGGGCUGUGGCUGGGCUUCGGUGCGCUACAGAGGGCAGAAGCUGGUCCAGUACAAGACCACGUGGCUGCACAAGUACCAGCCCACUGCAGACCUGAGCCUGGUAAGUGAGGAGGAGGAUGAUGAAGAUGAAGAGGAGGGGAAAACCGCUGUGCAGACGGACGACAAGAACAAAAACAACAGGCCUGGAGUACAUGACGCCACUGUCCUCAAGAAGACGGACCGAGAGAGGAUUCCGGUCCGCUACGGCACGCUGGGCACCAGAGACGCCACCAGAGACCCACACACGCUGGUGGAGCUGUCGGCCUUCUCCGCCAUCAACCGCUUCCAGCCUUUCAAUGUGGCUGUGUCCAGUAACGUCCUGCUGCUCAUGGACUUCCACUGUCACCUGACGACGAGUGAGGUGGUGGGAUACCUCGGGGGAAGAUGGGACACUAACACGCAAUUGCUGACAGUUUUGAGGGCGUUUCCAUGUCGAACCAGACUCGCAGAUAAACAAAGUGCUUCUGCUGUGGAGGAAGAGAUCUGUCAGAACCUGUUCAUGCGGGGGCUGUCCUUGGUGGGGUGGUACCACAGUCACCCCCGGGGGCCGGCCCUGCCUUCUCUCCAGGACAUUGACUCUCAGAUGGACCACCAGCUCAGACUGCAGGGCUCCAGUAACGGCUUCCAGCCCUGCCUGGGCCUCAUUUGCGGUCCGUAUUACCAUGGCAACCAAGGUGUGGCCUCCACCAUCACACCGUUCUGGGUUGUACCACCAUCUGAGCAACGUCCCAACGACUAUGGAAUUCCAGUAGCUGUAGAAGUCACUUAUGUCCAGGACAACUUCCUCACCAGUGACGUCCUGAAUGAAAUGAUGCUGCUUGUGGACUACUACAGAGCAGCAGCAGACCUGGUGCAGUUUAAUCAGUUCUGGUGUCCUGAUACCACCAUGAUGGACAAGAUCAAGGGUUCCUUGAGCUGCCACGCCCCUAAAGACCAGGCCUACUCUCAGAUCCUAGAGCACGUGUACAGUCAGCUCAAUCACCUCCAAUGA